AGGGCGUUGUUUACAUUUGACAAUCGAACCCUUAACCCGCAUGGCCGUCUGACGCUCUAAUUAUUUUUAAUCUAUUUCGUUUUAAUUUAAUUUUCUUUUUUUUUCUUUUUUUAUUUAUUUUUAUUUACUUUAUAUUUUUUAAAUAAUUACUUUAUUUAUUUACACCAAUUGUUUAGUUUAUUUUUUUGAUUUUGUUUACAACAAUGAAGAAUUCUAAAACUGCCACAUCGACGACACCAACAAGCAAUGGCAAAUGUAUGAUUGAUAAAAUUGGAGAUUCCGGUGGACUCUUUGACCUCGUGGUUCGCCCGAUGUUCCAACAAGGCCACGAGGGUGAACUUUGUAGCUGGUUAAAAGAGUUCAGUCUUAUAAGGACGACAUCGGGGUGUCAGCAACCAGAAUGUCAAGGAAAGACAUUGACUUGGAACACAGCUCGAGUUAUUGACAGAUACACGUGGGUGUGCCCAACUUGCAAUAAAAAACAAUCUAUAAGAGAAGGCUCUUUUUUUAUGGGAGUCAAAGGUGACUUUAGAACAUGUCUCCAGCUUAUAUUGGCUUGGUGUCAAGAUAUUCCUUCAGAUAUUGCUGCUAAUAAUUUUGAAAUAAAAGAGCACGUAAUAAAAAAGGUUUACGAAAGAUGUAGCAAAGUCGCUGAAUUUUAUGUUAAAUCACAUCCUGAAGAUUUCAAACUCGGUGGUCCAGGUUGUGUUGUUUUAGUCGAUGAAUUCCCCGGUGGCUAUAUGACAGACACGACUCCUGAUGUUACGACCACCAGAAAACGCAAUAAUAAUUCACAGACAAUUCUUUGUAUCGCCGAAGCAAAUCAUUUACCUCCACGUAAUUGGUUACAUAUAAUAAAAUCAUUACCUGAGUCUGCAAAAAUGAAAAAUAUCAACAAUAAUACUAAUACUAAUAAUAAUAAUAUUAGUAUUAAUAAUAAUAAUAAUAAUAAUAAUAAUAAUAAUAAUAAUAAUAAUAAUAAUAACAACAAUAAUAAUGAACCUGGACAACAAAAAUGUGGAAUGAUUGAAGAAGCAAUAAAACAAAUAGUAAAUCAAGUCUUACCUGGAAGUUACGUAGUAGCGAAUUCAAGAGCUCGUUGCUGUAAUUAUGAAUCACUUGUAGAUUUAAAGCAAUACGAAGUUUUUAGUAUCGAAUAUUUAAAAAAAUUUGAUGCUCCAGAUACUAAUAAACUUAUAAAUAAUUUAGCGACGAUAUGGCAAACUGGACUAGGAGUUUGUGAAGAAAUACAGGAAUCGACACGCGCAGCAGGACAGCAAAUAAUAACAAAUCAUCUUUGGAGACAAAGGUAUGGAUCAGUAUCAUCAGUUGCCUUUCAAAAUAUGCUCAAUCAUAUUGUCGAGUGUUAUCGUUUCACUUGAAUAUUUUAAUUAUAAAAGAAGAAAAGAAAGUAAAAUAAUUUUUUAAGCAAUAGCCUUUUUUUGAAAGGCAUAAUUAAACGAAAGUAAAAUUAAAAAUGAAUAAUAUUUUAAAAAAGUCUUCCAAGUGAGCUUCGGACGACGUUUGAGACUGACUCAAGUGCCUCUCGUAUAGCGAAUUGAUAUUUUAUUACGUCUGAGAGAUUAUUUAGUGAAAGAAAAGUAUCAAGUUUUAGUUACGUAACAAGUUAUUGGCUUUAUUAUCAUUAAUUACUUCUGUUAACUAUUGAAAAUUUUAUAUUAUCAAACGCAAGUAAUUAUUAUUAACAAAACCGGUUAGAGUUUUUUAAUUGCCCGGUAUUUAUUAAUUUAAAUAAUUUUAUUAUUAAUACAUAAUGUUAAUUUUAUUAUCAAGUUAUUCAGAAAACAAAUAUCAUUGAUUUAUAUAUUUACAGAUCAAU